CCGGGCAUCAGAGUGACAGGUGGUGGACUUCGAGCUCCUCUCGUAGCGCUAGCGUCACUUGCUCGUAACUACGACACCUUGCAAUCUUGCAGACGCUUUUUCUUUUUGACAGACGUCCCUAUUGGAACUAACUUCGUUCAUUUUAUCAAAACACCUAUAAAAAUACGUAGCGCAUUUAUUCUGUGUUUAUAAAUUGACCAGAGAGAAGGGAAAAAUUGUUUCCAUAGGAUUGCUACUUUUUCCUGCAUUGAAGUCACUUCCAAGCGAAAUGAAAAGGAACACCUGGAUGGCGAUGUAUGUCUGUCUCGUCUUGCUGGUCAUCGGGUGCGAAGCUGCCUCUCCUCUUAACAGCGGCACACUGCAGUUCCUGCAGCACUUAGGCCUAAACACCGGAGGAAUCAUCCCUGACAUUACUCUGGGAGAGAAGAUACGCCAGGAUGACUCUCCCAUUUACUACAUCAAACUUCCACCUGUUCCUUACUAUUACGUCAACAACAACAACCUCUUCCCACAGUCAGACGACACGACGCCUUACCCAUUCGAGAAGAUCGCCAUCGACUUUACCAGCAACGGGCGGCCAGAUCAAAUUUACCACUGGAACAAACCUUCCACCUCGUCUGACGUCUGGAGCCCCUGGAAGACAUCUUCCACGCAAGUCCCCACCACCACCACAACCACUACAACUACAACCACCCCUGCCCCAACUACCACGACGACUCCAAAACCCGUCAAGAAGCCUUGGCUGACUUUGGACAAGUACUUCCCCUACAAUGGCCGACCCUCCGGAAUCUACAUCUACAAGCCGAGGCCUUCCAUCAACCCUAAUAAGUUUAAGAAUCGUUACUUUACGCACUUCAACUAUUAGUGGCUGUCCUGAGUAAAGGGGACUUCCUCCUAAAUUUGAUCAUACUCAUUGGGUAAGCGUAGUUGUCACUAAUGCAUUAUAUUUAGUAAAAAUACUUUUCGAAAGUUCUUAUAGAAUCCAGAUGGCAGAAGACGACAAGUCCUGCUGAAACCAUCUAAUGUUCUUUUCAGGCUACAAUUAUUUUUAUGGAUUAAUACUCAAAUAGCAAUGUUUAUGGCUUGAAAUUCGUAAUUAUAUUUAGUAGAAUGCAUUCGAAAGUGAAAGGUUGUAAAUUAUAAAUAAUGUAACUGCUAAUUUAAAAAGAAAAACUUUGUCAUUCGUUCCUUGCACAAAGAACGGGCGAAAUUCUGAUACACGGAAUCGGUAAUGUUUCAUUCCAUUGUUACAAAGUUGAGAAAUAUUUCUCACUCGUCUCGAAAUCAAUCUCCAAUAUUCAACCCUUUGUUUUCAAGGUUGAAUUUGGCAGAUGACAAACGCAAAAUCAACAGUUUGUUGACUUUUUGUUGUGGAUUUCAGUCUUGUAUUAUAUUUGUAAAUAUGUUACUAACUUAACAUGAUAGUUUAGCGUAAUUUAUUCAGUCUUCCCUCGAGCUACCUGGUAGAAAUCAGACCAUAUUUAUUAGCUCCUGCGUAAUCCCCUCUCUUCUUAUUGCAAUAAUAGAAGGCUUUUUCAAUCAUCUUUAGCAUCCUCUCGAAUGGAGACUUUUUUAUAAAUACUCAUUAGUAUCAUAUUUUGUAAAACGAAGAGUUAAUUUGCAAAAUGCGGCGCACUCUGUUAUACAAUCAUACUAGCUUUUUCGGCUAGACCACACUAAUUCAGUACAAAAGAUAGAUCAUUCGAGCGAAUAGAAAUUCAUCUAUGUUUAGUAUAAUGUUUCCCUUAAAUGCAAAUCGGUUACAAUAAACACAGAUGCUUGUCUCCUCCGUUAAUUUCCCGAUUAACAGGUGCACUUUGAGCCAGGACUUAGAUCUAUUUUGCGUAUUUUUUUCUCGCGGAUUUUCCUUUCCCUUGUGUCCUGUCACCAAGACGGUUCUGACUGUAGACUAGAAAGCUGUUGACUGUGAUUGUUUUCAUACAAAUAAAAGAAAGGCUUUGUUAA